UAUACCCUGAAUCCUCUAUAAACAUCGACAGUGAUCCUAUUACUUAAUAUACAUAAUUCCCAACGAGCCACGACGCUAACGAAGACAAAGACUUUCAGCACGCAGAUGAACGCUGGGCCGCCUCUUGCCUGCCAAACUAUUUGAGGCAGUGCCGAGGCGGUAGUGGGUACCUAGAGUAGUCGCCUCCACGCAAGGUGGUGCCGAAAUGGCUCAGAAGAGCACCCUUAAGCUUCCGCGUCUGCGGACAAAGGAGGAGUUGCUGAAGACAUCGCCCGAGCUCUGCAAACUGCUGGGUGAGGACAGCGACGAUGGACGCAGCAUGUCUCCAUUCACGGCCCCACCUCCCGCUGGGACGGUGAAGCCUCCGUCGCGCGGCCUGCCCGCGGUGUCGACGAAGGCGACCAAGGGGCCCGGUAUGGACACGCCGCGGGGGCUUGGCGAGGAGGAGCUGACGGAGGAGGAGCUGCUGCGCCUGGAGCUCGAAAAAAUUAAGAAUGAGCGCCAGGUGCUGCUCGAUUCAAUCAAGCUCGUGAAGGCUCAAGCGGGUACUGCUGGUGGAGAGGCGCAGCAAAAUGACAUUAAGGCGCUCAGGCGUGAGCUGGAGCUGAAGAAAGCCAAGCUCAAUGAGCUGCAUGAGGACGUCCGCCGCAAGGAGAACGUCCUCAACAAGCAGCGUGACGACACCACGGAUGCCUCGCGACUGACUCCCGGCGAGCUAAGCGAGGAGCAAGCGUACAUUCAGCAGCUGCAGGAUGAAAUGAAGCAAAUAGACGAGGAGCUGGUGGAGGCGGAGGCUAAGAACCGUUUGUACUACCUGCUGGGAGAGCGUACAAGGCGCGAGCACCUGGCGAUGGACAUGAAGGUCCGCGCCUCGCAGCAGUUGAAGAAAGACUCGGCGGACGACCUGUACACGCUCACGGCGCACUUCAACGAGAUGCGUGCCGCCAAGGAGCAGGCGGAGCGCGAGCUGGCGCGCAUGAAGCGCAUGCUGGAGGAGACGCGCGUGGACUGGCAGAAGAAGCUGCGUGAGCGGCGGCGGGAGGUGCGGGAGCUCAAGAAGCGGCAGCAGAAGCAGCUGGAGCGCGAGCGCAAGAUGCGCGAGAAGCAGCUGGAGCGCGAGCGGCAGGAGCGGGAGCUGCAGGCGAAGCUCAAGAUGGAGCAGGACUCUUAUGAGAUGCGUGUGGCAGCGCUGGCGCCCAAGGUGGAGGCCAUGGAGCACAGCUGGAACCGCAUCCGCACCAUCAGCGGCGCGGACACGCCAGAGGAGGUGCUGGCGUACUGGGAGGGCCUCAAGGCCAAGGAGGAGCAGAUGCGCUCGCUGGUGUCGCUGGCGGAGCAGCGCGAGUCGUCCGCCAAGUCGGAGAUCGCAGCGCUGCUGGAGAACCGCAGCGGUAUGUACGAGAAGGGCAGUGCGGCGGCGGCGGACGUGGGCGAGGGCAGCGAGGAGCGCGCCACGCUCAUCACCGAGGUGGAGCGCAACAUGGAGGGGGCGAAGGGCAAGUUCAACAAGCUGCGCUCCGUGUGCAUCGGCGCGGAGCAGGGCCUGCGGUCGCUGCAGGAGCGGCUGAUGAUUGCCCUGGAGGAGAUCCACCCCGACCAGCUGCGCGCCAGCCAUAUGAAGGGCGGGCACGACGCCAAGGCGCGCGGCAAGGGCGCGGCCAGCGCCGGCGCACGCCGCGGCAGUGCACACGCGCACACACCCGACCGCAACAAACGUGGCCCCGCUACCGGCUCGCGCAGCCAGUCGCCGGCGCUGGUGCCGCAUUCUCCGGCGGGCGACAAGCCGUCGUCGCCUCUGCACGGGACAUCACCCGAGCACGGCCACGAGCCCAUCCCCGAGGGCGCUGAGGAGCUGGCGGGUGAGGCCGAGAUGGUGUCGCCGCUGGGCGCCGACGGCAACACCAUUGAUGACGAGCACUUCUUCCCUGAGCUGCCCGAGCUGCUCACGUCGGUCACGGACCGGCUAAACCGCGUGCUGGUGCUGGCGGCGGAGCUGGACGCGCAGGAGCCGGCGGGCGCGGGCGAGGACGGCCUGCCGCUGAGCGGCGAGCCUGGGGCGGAUGGGGCAGAGGGCGCGGCGCCGGCGUCGCCGUCGCGCGGCGCGCCGGAGGGCCUGUCAGAGAGCGAGCGUACGCUGGUGAAGGGCAUGAACCGGCGCACCUGGACUGGAGCACCGCUGCUGGAGACCAUCAAUGCCUCGCCCAGCGAGGCGGCGCUGACGCUCAACAUCAAGCGGAAGAAGGGGAAGAAGAAGGAGCAGCAGGUGCAGCCCGACCUCAACCGCAUCUUGGGCUACACCGGCAGCGAUGUCGAGGAGGAGGAGCCCGAGAGCGAGGAGGAGACAGAGGAGGAGGCCAACAAGGACGAUGGCGUCGUGGACCGUGACUACAUCAAGCUACGCGCGCUCAAGAUGAGCCAGCGCCUGGCCAACCAGCAGCGCGCCAUCAAGGUGUAAUGCGCGCAGGCGCACGGGGCCUAAUGUGAUUGUGUGCGGAGUUUGUGUGGGGCCGCCACGGCGUGAUGCUGGCUUGCAAGGCAUGCGCUGCAGCAGAACCCGGCUCGCGCCUGGUCUUGUAGCAUAGUUAUGGAUGGUGAUAAUAUGCAAGCGUUAGAUUGCAAUUAUUCUUAGGUUGUGUCUGUUGCAUGGGCUGGUGUGGUCAUGCGCCGCUGCGGCGCUGCGUCACCGGGACUGAUAGAAGGCGUGGAUGCACGCUCGUGACUGGAUUUACAUGCCCGGUGUGCGGUGAGGAAAGCGCCGCCGUGCACGAUGCAGAACAAGAGGCACCUCAACAGGAGCGCGUUUGACAUGUGCGUGUGUGCAUGACUGUGCGACCGACAUGCGGUUGACAUUACUUUGUUUGCAGUGUUGGCUGCGUGGAUGCCGGUUACACAUUUGGAGGGGCAGUGGGAGGGGUGAUUGAGUUGCAUCAGGUGGUCCGAGGGACGACGCCGGAAGCCGGUAGUCACGGGGUUACUUCGCACAUUACCAGGGCUGGAACGCUGAGAUAGAGAAGCAAAGCCUGGCACACAUGCACGUUUUUAAACUGCUUUGAGCUGGGGGCCGUGGGCCGGAGUCGUGGCAUGUUCAGCACAAGUCAAGGCUGACGGACUGGCAGCGGCACGGAGGCAGGGCCCACAGCAGGCUGCAGGCAAAGCCUUUAUUCACUUGGGCGCGGUCCGCACUUCUACACCAGCCCCUGAAUGCUCAGCAGCCCUGUGUUCAUCUGUGCAGCCUGCACCAAGCGGCAGGCGCGCCAUGCCAAGCACCGGGCGAAGCCCGCAAAAGGCAGGCGCGUGGUGUGGCCGGGUCUGUCGCCGCGAGCGAGUAGGUAUGGACAUGGUGUGGAUGCUGAGGCGGCUGCGCUCGUGAGCAGCGAUAGCUUACAAAGAUUGACCUGGUUUGCAGGAAGACCAAAAGCAGGGUCACGUGCGAGAAGUUUUCUGGCGAGUCUGUCGACUUGAACGAGGACCGACUCUUUGCCAUUGUUUUGUUCGUGGGAAUGGCUAAUGUCGGUUGCAUUUCGUAUAUAUUUGAACCAUGGGCAUGCCACAGUUCCUGAGCUCGUGCGAGGUCUGGCUGGGGCGCGGCAAAAGUCGGUCAGUGCGCGCUUCGAA